GAAACUUCUCCUUGGGUGAUAUUUCGUUUGCACCUAGACCACAAAAGGGCAGGGGUUCCACACUAUUUGUAUGAACGGAACGAUAUAUAGAAAGCAGCUGUAAAGGCACGGGAUUUGUCUGCCAUGUCCUGCGUGGACACCGCAAGCAAGCAAUCCUCGCCAGACAACUCCUAGCGUUGGGCACAAAAUGCGCCAAGGGCUAAGCGCAGCAUCAGAAGCACCCAGGGCUCAACCAGAGCAAACCAAUGAGCCCACAUUAGAGGAGCAGGAAUUGGAGGACGAAGAUGGCAUCGGCGAUGCGGACAUGCGCCUCGACGAGCAGUGGGACCCGGGUGUAUUUCGAAUUAGGCCUCGGCGGACGGCAAAUGUCUACAGCGGCGUUGCUGCUGCAGAAACAGGCGCUUCACAAGAUGUAGGGGGUGAAGGAGUGCCUGCGUUGCCUUCCUUCGCCAGUCCCACGCUGCGGAUAGGAAAGCUUGUGGUGUCGACAACCAGCUGCAGUCAUCCCAAACCCGGCAUCAUUGUCGGCAUGGAAACCGCUGGGGGAUUUCCAGUCGCAUGGCCCGGGGAAGCCCGGCCUGGCAAACCUAUAGUGCUCAACCGCAGACCCGUCGCAACCAGUUCCCUCAUCGCAGUCCCCCUACCUGCGGGCUACCCUCAGCGCGUGCCGCCACCGGGGCUACCCCCAACCUCCCGUCAAGCGGUCCUUGUGACAGGUGGCCUUAGGUGCAGAGGCGUUGGCAUCCUCAGCAGCACCGGCGGGCAGCGCGGUCGCGUGCUGCUGCUUGGGGAGCCCGGCAGCACGGAGGCCCGGCCUGUCUUCAUCCCGCUGGCGUCCCUGCACAUGCUAGACCCCAGCGAGCUUGCCGCGCCUAGACGAGCACCGCUGGGCUUGUCCUCCGAGCUUGCGGAGCGCCUACGCCAAGCGAUGGACGUGGUGGCCCCUGCGCCGGUCUCCUCCACGCCCAGUACAGCUGCUACACAGCAAGGCCCUGGGCCGGGGCUGGUGGGCGCACCCAGCGGGCAUGCAGGUGCUGCUUCCUCCGCGGCUGGUCAGGGGCAGCAGGCGGCACUGCAGCUUCCGCCCCAGGCACCGCUGCCAUCUCCCAGUCCACCUGAGGAGCCCCCACCGCUGCCCCAGCCGUCGCCCCAGCAGGAGCCCCUACCGGUGCCACAGCAGCCGCAUCCACGGCAGCCUCCGCCACAGCGGCCACAGCAGCAGCAGCCACAGCAGGUUCCCCCGCCAUUGCCCCAGCAGACGCCGCCACCUCCACAGCCGCCCCUCCGUCCGCCGUCGCCGCCUCAGCUGCCUGAGCUGCAUCAGCUGCUGGACCGGGAUGUGGCACGCAACACGUUGAAGUACUACAACCAGUUGACUCUGCAGCCUGCCGCCGCAUCGGACGAGAUAGGGGCACGUGCAUGGAGUGUCCCCAGGGGAGAGGACUUCUCACGCCUCCUCAAGUACAUUCAGUGCAGGGGCGAGUUUGACAUCGCGGGCGUUAAAGACUGCAACCGUGAGGAUGUGCGCAUUAUGAAGGAUGCCUCUCUUCCCCUCCCGGCACCAGCGCCGGGGAAGUCGACCCUGCUGUCGGCGGUUUUUGGCUGCAGACGUGGCCGCCGUCGGCGCCCUUCAACCUCACCGACGCCCAUCGCUUCGGCCUGCUGCGGCUGCACGUACCGCCUGCUCUGUCGCAUCACCGUCAAGGACCCCACGCGUGUAAUGGUGGAGGAGCGCGCACCUCACUGGGGUCACGUGCUGGGGAGCAAGGAGGAUGCGCGGUACCUCAGGCCGCUUCCAGAGGCCGAGGCGCUGGCGUGCGAGCAGCUAAGGCAGAACAUUCCACCCAGCAAGACGAUACAAAACAUCGAGAAGCCGCUUCAGGCGUUGCUGAAGAAGUACGUGGACAUGGGUUGGAUUGGCGGCGAGGCGGCGGCUUGCUCCCGACGGUUUGUCAUAACCGCCGAGCACUGCGCCACCCUGCAGAGGCGGUUGCAGAGGGGCUCGGUGCUGCCCCCUACCGUCGAAACCACGUGGGACCUAGCUGGCCAGGGCAAGGCGGCAGGCACGGCAGGGGCAGAGGCAGGAGCGGCAGCAGCAGGAACGGCGGCAGCAGCAGGAACGGCGGCAGCAGCAGGAACGGCGGCAACAGCAGGAACGGCGGCAGGAGCGGUAGGUGGAAAAGCAGGGGAAGCAGCAGCAUCGGCAGCAGGAGCGGUAGGUGGAAAAGCAGGGGAAGCAGCAGCAUCGGCAGCAGGAGUGGUAGGUGGAAAGGCAGGGGCAGCAGCAGCAUCGGCAGCAGCGGCGGCAGCAGUGGAAGCGCCGAUGGCUGCCACGUCCGGAGCGGCGGCUGCGGGACUGGAAGGAGCGGCGUGGGUUACCCCACAGGAGGGCACGUCGCGUGGCAGCCGCGACAUGGGAGUGCGUUCCCCAUUGAAAAUUGGAGGCCUGGCGGGUAUCGCAGCUGGCACACCUGCAAGUGGGGCGAGGAACGCAUCUCAGUUCAAGGCCUGCGCCGGGCGGAAGAGGAGGGGAGCAGGGGAUUCGGAGGUAGAUACGCCUGACGGGAUUGUGGGAGACUCCGAGCAGGGAGCAAAGAGAGGAAAGGCGGGGGGCCUAACUGGCAUGCAUUGGUGACGUAGGAUGGAGGGUCGCUUAAGGCUGGUCGUUGGGAGGGAGAAGCGGAUGACCUAAAGGGGCUGCACAUCAUAUAGGCUGCUGGCAUACAUUAUCCACAACGUUCUUUUUAUGGUUGGGAGAUCAGUUCCAUCAUUACCGUACAUGUUGUACAGCCACUGGAUCACCAGCACCAGUUACCUGGCACGCCCAAGUGGGACAAGUAGGGAAGCUAACAUUCGGGGUGUUUGUGUACAGGACUUUGCUGAGUCUGUAUCCUGAAACAUCAAACGCUCUUUCAAAGGUUGCGUGCGGCAUUGUUGUCAAUCGUCCUAUGCUGGUAAAAAUGGCUGGAGGUUCAGGGGAGGUUGACAUUCCUAUUCGCUGCCCCUGAACGGUUGAAGGGUUGCCGCAGCUGAAACUACCCUCACUCCUGCUAUUUCCUAUUUGGACAGAUUUGGAGUACAAAUCCUGACAUGGCUGUUGCUGCUGGCGUGGUGUCCUGGGGUUGGGUUCGCCGGGCUUGCACCCAUGCCUCUCCCCAGCUCCACCUUGUUGCGGUUCAGUCGCUGUCCUCAUGAUGAGCGGAAGGUGUCCUGUGCGCCCACGAAGCGGUCCGCCUCUGGUGCGCUGCAGUAAAAGGGCCUCACAGUCGCCCGCGUGUGUGAUGCUACACUUGGGCAAUGUCAUACUAAUCAAAGCAACGGCGACGGUUGGUCGCGCACCAAUCGAGAACUCACGAAGCGACCUGUUGAAAAUACUUCAAUUCUUUUCUAAUUGUAUCCAAUCAAACGUUAAAGUCUCGACGAUAGACACACUAUUUUCUUCUUUCGAUGUGCCGUGCGUGCCAACUUCAAUUGUGCUGCAUCCCACCUUCCCCGCUUGAACGCUGGCGCGCCUUCUAAAGCACAAUAAAAGGAUGGUUCGCUAGAUACAAUUACACCUUCUUUUUGUAGCUUUGCUGUCUCAGUAAUGUCGAGCACCGACGCACCUGUCCAUCCCGGAGGCGUUCAGUAUAGACUGAGGUUCUUCCACAAAUGCAGGUUACCAGGCACCUGCGAUCACGAGCAACCAGAUAGAUACCAAGUCCAAGGAAGUGCCAUCGAGUCCACGUGUGGCGCUCCCCUCGUUGUCGUGUUAGUCCGCUACAAGCAUGACCCAGAGAGCGGGCUUACUAAGGAGUGCCGGCGUGCGCAGCUUGCGCCUGGAAAGUCCCAGUUUGCAAUUAAGACGGUUGUGGUCCCUUCGGACCGGCUUCUGGAGUAUAUGCAGCAGCCGCUGCUGCAGCAGCCGAGUCUCACAGACCCACAGGGCCGAAACCUGCUUGGUGGUCCCGAUGUCAGCCCCGACGGCUGCAUCUACGUGACACCCCUGGAGGAGAACGGAAUCGCCCCCCUGGACAACUUCACCUUCAACCUGCCCUGGAACGACACAACCACCAACCACUGCUCAACCGCCACCGAUGUCAACGGCUGCUGCACCCACAAGAGCUUGCAUAGGGGCGAAGGUGAAUCGAACAACGGCGGACAAGCCGCUGCAGGCCUGAGGGGGAAUUGCGGCGCCGGUGGCGGCGGCGGCGGAGGAGGAGGAAUGAAGGCUGAUCCCGGGGCCUCCACCUCCACCCCCCGCCCCCAACUGUGUCUGCUGGUGCAGCUGCUGAGGCGCAGUACGGACCAGCCGGGCAAGUGGAACGUGUACGGCAUGCCGCACCUGGCGUCGCGGCCCUUCCAGGUCAUUUCGCGCUUGACUCUGCUCAAGCUGCAGCGGCUGCAGGCCAUGCGGACCCAACAGCAGCAGCAUCACCAGCUGCUUCAACAGCAGCGGCAGCAACAGCAGCACCCAGGACUAGUAGCGCAAGACCCGCUCCGCCAGCAGAUGCGACUCGGUCCGCAGCAGCAGCAGCAGCUGGGCAUGACUGCGGGUGGAGGUGGCGGAGGGGGAGUGCGGGAGCGGCGGCGUUCGUCUUACUCUAGCGGCUCGCCGCAUGCUGCUGCUGGGGCCGCGCAGCGUGUGUCACGGCCUCGCCGGCGCUCCUGCCUCUCCAAGGACACCGCCCAUGAUGACCUACCCGCCUCCGCUGCCGCCCUUGGGCUCAACCCCAUUCGAACACGCGACGGCGGCGUAACGCCCGCCACCGAUGCAACGCCCGCCUCCACCCCCAUGGGCGUCAGGACGGCACCGGAGACCAGCCCCGGCCCGCUGUCCCCACACAGCAGCGGCAACAGCAGGCUGCCCCCUGUGCCGCCUCGGUCGCCGCUUGCCGCUAGGUCGGGGACGCCGGUUGGCAGCUCCAUGGCGGGGUGCGGCACCCUGGGCGUCGGGGCGGCUGGAGAGGUUGGGUCGCAGCUGCAGCAGCAGCGGCAGCACACGCCGGAGAACAGGGUCGCGGAGCUGAACACCGCGGGCUUGCAGGACCUGCUGGACGGGCUUGCGGCGCAAGUGCUGGAAGAUGAAGACUUCAUGGAGCUGAGCUGCCCCCAGAAGCGAGUGCGAUCCAACGUGACCCUUCCCGACGUGGCAGCCUUCGCCUCAGGCUGCAGCUCAAGUGGCCUCCUCUCACCCGCACACACAACCACCAUGUUCGCAGACCAGCAGCUGCUGGCACGUGGAGGCGGCAUGGGCAGCAGUGUGAGCGCCCCGCUGCCUGUGCUGAGCCAGCACCUAACCCAGCAGUUCUUACAGCAAGGGCAGCAGUACCUGUCCCACCGGGGGGGAGGAAGCUGGUCGACAGAGAACUCAGCCGAGCGGCUGAUCACCCUGGGAGGGCGUCAGGCGGUAUUGGGUACCCUUCCCGGCAUCUCCUCCUCGGGCGGUCUCCUGCUGCCGAGGGAGAGCGGCCUCUUGAGUCCGACCUCACGAGCUGCAGCGGGGCUCAUGGUUGUGGGAGACGGCUGUGACGGCGGCGGCGCAGGUGAGGGAGCCAGCAGCGCCGCCGUCAACGGUGGUGACAGCGCCAGCGGCCAUUGCAUCACCGGAGGCCCCAUGCACGGAGGCCCGCAGCAGCAGCAGCAGCAGGUGGUGGGUGACUGGGUGCAGCAGGCGCUUCAGGCCAUGGAGCUGGAAACACAGCUGGAGCUGGAGCAGCAGGAGCAGCGGGGGCGGCAGCAGCAGGAGGGAGGUGGUCCGCAGGCGCUGGGGGGGCAGCUGGGGCAACAACAACAACAACAGACGGAGCAGGAGCGGCAGGGGCUAGGUGUUUUGCCAACAAGCCUAGCCGGUGGUGGUGUCCAGGAGUGUCAGAGCAGUGGGGCGGAGAGCAUGGAGGUGUAGAGGCUGGGGCGAAGGGCAGCUGGGUACAUGUAAAUAUAUGCUUGUGCAGCAGGGGAUGGCGAUUGCGAGUGAGCUACCGGUAGGUAACAUGGGCGCGGCGCGGGUGGUGGGGGCUUAUGCGCGAUACAGCUCUCAUUCGGAUUUCGCAGCCGGAUUGCUUGGAUGGGGUGGCGGGGCCAGGUCCUCGUGUCCUCGUGACAACCUCUUUAUUACCGGGUGCGUACAGGAGCACCGCAUGGAUGAUGAGCAUAAGCCUGUUGGCGUAAACUGCUGAGAGGGACGAACAUGUUUCCCUGCUGGAUUCAGUCCUGCUGGUCAUGGCGUUUGCGAACUCCCAGGCUACUAUAUAAAUUCCGGUGUGUGUACAUACGCAAGGCGACGGCAGCGGAGCUCCAACGUUUUUGGUUAUAGUAUGAAAGGUGCUUUGGGGGGUCGCCUGUUAAGGCUCGCAAGCAAGGUCGGUGUUUCUGUGUUUCACCGGUGUACAUAUAUGUGUAGUCGUAGCAAUACUGGGAGCUUGAGGCCAGUAGUGCACCUGGUGCGCGUUCCGCUAGUUCGGUGCCAGAAAAGUCAUGGCAGUAGUAAAGCGCUUAGCGCCCGUGUUGGUAGUGUAUAUGGCACUCGCUGUGGAUUAGAAAGAGUGGGGUCUGGGGUGUGCUCGCCCCUGCGUGUCUAGAACGUGGGGGACCGACUCGGGUUACAUUAUUAUUUUACACGUGUUAAUGCAUACGUUGGCUGCACACGUGUUUAAGUCCCUUCCUUGUUAAGCAUGCGGCUUGAGAAGAGGAAAUUAUUUAACAUUCGGAGAGAGGGGGGUAUUUAUCCUUUGGGACGGUGCCCAGCGCACAUUGAAAUGUGCUGCUACCGGUAUGCGGCAAGCCACCUGUUGGUUAUUAGUUAAGUCGAAAACGCUGACAGCAGCACUGG